AAUAAGUAAUAAAUAUUCUGUCAGAUAAGAGUGAUGUCAAACAUACUUCUCCAAAUGUCAUAAUAUUAUUGCAAAACUGUUUCAAGCCGAUAAUGACAAUAUAGCAGCGUAAUUCGUUUUAUAUCACAGUAGAUGUACAUAUGUAUGUCAAAUGCAUACAUUUCGAGGUUAUAGAACAUGUCAUCUACCGAUUCAAUCAUCCAAGAAAAAACUGCGAUAGAAUCUGACAAUGGAGUGCAAUUUCCUGAAAUAAUCGAUAAUAAAAUAAAUACGGAAGAAUUUUUAGAAGCCGCUCGCAAUGUUGUGCGCACAGUCGAUAAAUUUGGCAAAUUAUUUGCUCCUGUACGAUAUGACAUGCAAGGCAAUAUCGAUAAACUUACAACCAGAUAUUCUAUGGAUAAAAAAAAUAAUUCAACUCUACAAGACAUGAUCUUGCUCGAAAAAUCUACUGAGAAAGAUCUCAUUGCAACUGAUGCUUUAAUGUGGUUGAGAAGGGCCUUACAUAUGAUUUUAUUAUUCUUCGAAAAGAUUGUGGAGGACCAUAAAACUGGGAAAACAACAGAAGAUUUAGUUGCAUUUUUAAAAGAGGCAUAUAAAGAGACUCUAGAGCCAUAUCAUGGUUGGAUGGCACAGCAAUUAUUCAAUCUCCUAUCACGUAUGACACCUACUCGUUCGCAACUUCUAUUCGCAUUAGCAGAUGGACAACCGGAUAAAGAGGAAGUUACAUUAUAUAAUAUGGAGUUGUUCUUAAUAAAUUUAAAGAAAAAUGUGUUAGCUUUAAAGAAAUUUUAUAAUGAUCAUAAUCUAGAAGUGACUACUGUAGUGUAAUAUAAUCAAAUUCAUUUUAGAUUUUAAUUUAUUUAUUAAUCUAAUUUAUUAAUCUAUUUAUACUGCAAAAAAAUAUUAACAAAAAAGAUAAAGUAACAAACUAUGUUUAAAAAAAUUAAUAUAAUAAAGCUAGGAGAAAAAUUUAUGUGUA